UAUAUAUAUAUAUUCUGACAAUAGUUUAGGUUUCCUAAACAUCCGCGCCAUCUCUGAUAAAAUGUUUAUCAGAAUAAUAAUCUUUAUAGUUUCAUUGGUGGCUAUAUCUCAGGCACUGCGAAUCCCCAUAAAUCUCAGAAGAGGAUUGCAAGACCUUGACCAGAAUGGACCUAUUGCUCGUGUGAAAAAGACAUUCCGCAAUAAUAUCGAUUCAGCAGUUUUUAAUAUCGAUGAACAACCUGAAAUUACAUAUGUGAACAAAGAUCUAAGUUUGAAAGAAGGCGAUAUCAUGCAGUCAAAACAACGUAAUACACUAUUGAGUUCAACAAACGAACAAUAUCUGUGGCCGAAAAAAAUACCGGUUAUGUACGAUGACACCAUCAGUUUAUUGGCAAAAGCAGCGAUUGACGAAGCGAGGCGGGAAUAUGAACUGCGAACAUGUUUGUCAUUUCCUGAAAGAACAGAUGAAGAAAACUUCAUACAGUUUACAACAUUAUCGGGAUGCUGGUCUUACGUAGGAAUGCAGGGGGGAUCACAGAACAUUUCCAUUGGCCAAAGAUGUGAAAUGAUGUCUACGGUUGUGCAUGAGAUGAUGCAUGCAAUAGGAAUAUGGCACGAACAAUCGAGAGCAGAUAGAGACGAUUAUGUUGAAAUUGUAUGGGACCAUGUUGAGGAAGGUUAUGAACGCAUUUUUGAUAACUACCUGUUGGAUGAAACAGAUGACAGACGAGUGCCCUACGAUUUCAACUCCGCCAUGCAUUACAGCAAAACCGCAUUCUCAAUUGAUGGAAAUCCGACAAUUCGAACUCGAGACCCUGAAUUAGAAGAUGUCAUAGGUCAACGUACCACGUUCAGUGAGGGUGACAUAACAAAGAUAAAUAGAAUGUAUGGCUGCAGCGACACCUUAAGAGUCAGUAAUCAUGUGAACUUCGAUGAACAAAACAUUGGCAGUUUUACGCAGUACGGUUUGCAAAGCGAUGUUAAGUGGUUGAAACAUGAUCUGGCGACAUCGGACACUUCGGGAACUUCGACUUGGUAUUUGCCUACAUUUGAUGCAACACUCGGCAUAGAAGAAAAAGGAAGCUAUUUAUACUUCGACUCAAGCAACAAAAUCUCAGGACAAGCCGGAUUAAUCAAAUCCAUGCGUUACACCAGCACCGUCGCAAAUCAGUGUCUUGAAUUUUGGUAUUACAUAAAUGUGGGUCUUUCGAGUCAGGCUUCUAUGACUGUUUACAUUGCUGCAUUGGAUCCGGUAACUGGAGAUAUCACUUCUUACGGAUCACCGUUGCAGACGUUUCAAGGGCAAUACGGUAAUCGAUGGAAUGUCCAUAGAAUGACAAUUUCUGCACAGAGUAGCUAUAGGAUCGUGUUUUACGCAAAAGCAGGAGAAUAUCCGAGUGACGUCAUUGCUAUUGAUGACGUAAGUGUUCAAGACAGAGAAUGUGACACCGCAUACUUCACUGUACCUGACUAUAAAGAGAAAGUAAAAACUUAUGCAUUCGGUGAAGCAAUCCUAAGUGAUGUCAUGUAUACUGGAACGCCAGGAUACGCGUUUCGAGCUGUUAUCUAUCCAAAUGGAGUCCGGAGCGACAUUGACGCAGGAUACCCGGAUUACAUCGGAUUUUUUUUUCAACUUGUUGGAGGAAAAUACGACGAUGAAUUAGAAUGGCCUUUUGACAAUCAAUUCAUUAGGCUUCAAAUUACCGACCAAGAUCCCAACCCACAAACACGAAUGAAUUGGUAUUAUAACUUCAUAACAAGCAAAGAUGUGCAAUCUAGUGCAUCCCCCUGGAAAAAACCAACUGGACUAGGCGUUCCCAACACAGCGUACGGUUACAGAACUUUUAUGCCGAAGUGGCGAAUGGAUACUAGAUCGUAUUUGAGACAUGAUACUGCAUAUUAUUCAAUCCAGGUACUCACCAUAGAGCAUUCAUUUCCUCAGAAAACAUAGUAUGGAUAAGUUGUAAGAUUUAGAUGAUUUAGAUAUUGUUUGCAUUUUUCAUCAACCCACAUAAUGACAACGAGAUUAACCCAAGAACUGUGGUGCAAAAUUGCUAUUUGGCAUGAAGCACAUAAAUCAGUAAAGCAAACUCAGUGCCUCUAUUAACAGAGUUUGUAAUUAAUUCGGCUCCGAAUAUUUUUCUCAGAGCGUCCGCUUCUUGGUCUUCCUGAUCUUUUUGCAUUAAAUACAGAUCCAGUUUCCAUAAAUUUAUGAUGAAUUGCAUAAAUUUUUCGCUGAUUAGGAGCCGAAUUAAUUCCAAUUCAAAAUUAAAAGUAUAUACUCAUUUUGAGACACCCUGUAUCUACCGUAUAUAUAUUUCAUGUAAUCUAAGUAUAACGCUGGGUUCUUCUAGCCCAGACCUAGGCAAGUUGCGCCGCACGGGC